AAUCCCACCCCCUAAAACGCUCUUGACCCUGUUACUCGUCUCUUUUACCCGUGUGUAGGGGUUUCAUACAGGGGGCCUCAGGACUUGGUCUUGUCUGUUCUGGGUGGCGGGGAUCACAGGUCCUUUCUAAUUUCAUUUUAUGACGUAAUUAGUCAAGUUGUUUUAAAUUCAUUGGAACUACAUAUUUCCCUUCUUAAUUAUUGAAUCAUGAAGUGGAACCUAGUGUUCCUUGGGCUCCUUCUGACCUUCGGGCAGCUGUCAUGGGGGCAGAAAGGUAUGGACUUCCCUGAGUACGAUGGAAAGGACCGCGUUCACGACCUAAAUGCAAAGAAUUACAAGUCUGUGAUGAAGAAAUAUGACGUGAUGGUGGUGUACUACCAUGAGCACGUAGGAUCCAGCAAAGUCGCCCAGAAACAGUUUCAGAUUGAGGAGCUGGCCCUUGAGCUUGCUGCACAAGUCCUGGAGGAUCUUGACGACGAGGACAUCGGAAUCGGCCUACUCGAUGAGAAGACAGACAAAGCUGUUGCCAAGAAAUUAGGUCUGGUUGAGGCUGACAGUAUCUACAUCUUCAUUGAGGACGAGGUCAUUGAGUACGAUGGAGAGCUUGCUGCGGACACACUGGUGGAGUUCCUCUAUGAUGUCAUUGAGGAUCCAGUUGAGAUCAUUGACAAUGCGCUAGAGUUGAAAGGUUUCCAUAAUAUUGAGGAGGAUAUCAAGCUGGUGGGCUUCUUCAAGAGUCAGAAAUCUGAGCACUACCAUGAAUAUGAAGACGCAGCAGAAGAGUUUCAUCCACACAUCAAGUUCUUUGCCACCUUUAGUCCAAAGGUUGCUAAGUCUCUAGACUUGAAGUUGAAUGAGGUGGACUUCUAUGAGCCCUUCAUGGAUGAACCCGUAGUCAUCCCUGGUAAACCCUACAGUGAGAAAGAACUUGUUGAAUUCAUUGAGGACAAUGACAGGCCAACACUGAGGAAAAUGCAGCCACACAACAUGUAUGAGAUCUGGGAGGAUGCUCUUGAUGGGGAGCAUAUAAUUGCUUUUGCUGAGGAGGGAGACCCAGAUGGCUUUGAAUUCCUUGAAAUCGUGAAGGAGGUGGCAAAGGAUAACACAGACAAUCCCAACCUGAGCAUCGUCUGGAUCGACCCCGAUGACUUCCCUCUGCUUGUCCCCUAUUGGGAGAAGACCUUCGACAUUGACCUGUCCUCACCUCAGAUUGGUGUAGUGGAGGUUGAUGAUGCUGAGAGUAUCUGGUUUGAUAUGGAUGAUGAUGAUGACAUGCCAACAGUUGAUGAGUUGGAGGAUUGGCUGGAGGAUGUGCUAGAGAACAAAAUCGAUCCUGAUGAGGAUGACGACGAUGAUGAUGAUGACGACGAUGAUGACGAUGAUGAUGACGACGAUGAUGAUGACGAUGAUGAUGAUGACGAUGAUGAUGACGACGACGAUGAUGAUGACGACGACGAUGAUGAUGACGACGACGACGAUGACGACGACGAUGAUGAUGAUGAUGAUGACGACGAUGAUGACGAUGAUGACGACGACGACGACGACGAUGACGACGACGACGACGACGAUGACGAUGACGAUGACGAUGACGACGACGAUGACGACGACGACGACGAUGAUUAAACUCUUAUCAUUUUAUAUGUAUUAUCUAAACUAAAAUCUGUUUAAUUGCAACUGUCUGAAUCAUCAACGUGAUAAAAUUCCUUCGUUAUUUUUUGUCGGAUAUCACGAGGUUAAAAAUGUCAUCAUUUAACUGUGACCUUUCACGCAUAUCAAGGAAUGCGCUCAUCAUUCUCUCUCCCAUUGACCCAAUGUUUUAUUCAAAGACCACGCUCUCUCUUAAACCUUCAGAUAUUCACUUCCAAAUGUUGCCUUCACUUCUAAAACCAAAAUCAUUAGCAAAAGAUGUAUUCCUUUCAGUUCGUUGCCAUCCAUUUCUUUCAUUCAUAAGGACAUAAUGUAAUUGGCAGUUAAAUAACCACUAAUACAUUUGGAUAAGGACCUGACUUUCAAGCAUAAAAAUGUAACCAAAAAUGUAAGAUAGUCAGAGGGAGCAGUAAGAUUAUUUUAAGUGUAUACCUCCAUCUGUUAAAUUUGUUGUUAUUGUCUCAAUGUUUAUUUGUAUUACAAUGUGGAUGGAUUGUUUGUCCCACUGUGAUAGGACCUAAAGGUGCUAAGCAGGCUUUUCCUCAAGGUCAUUUGUCAUACCUUCUUUCUUUGUUAAGACAGGAUGUGACCUUAUGUGACAUUAGACAGAGAAGGGAUUGUCCAGCCUUCCUUCUGUGUCUAAAAAGUGCAGUAAAUCACACAUUUUCUACUGAAAAAGAAACAUGAAUAUUUUAUUAUUUUUUAAUAAAGACAACUUGGUCUAACUCUUAAGUCUUAAAAUAAAAACAGAUUGGAAUAAA